ACAAGGUGCGUCCGUCGAAUCAUUGACCCACGGGCAAGGCAACAUCCGUCAAAUCCGUCUCAUACACGCCGGACAUCAUCCAACUCGCGAGAUAGACAGGCAUCUCUCUGUCACUCAGCUGGGACCGUCAACCACCCGAUCGAAGUACAUGGCAGCGACCGGUGUGUCGCCACCAAGAACCAGGACCAGCCGCUGGAAGGCACCAGCCAAGCAGGCCAGACAGAACACACUCAUGCGCGUGGCCACGGAAAACAGCUCAUUGUCACGUCACAGGCGUCUAUCUAUCGCCUUGGGUACGACGGGAAUCCCCCCACCCCUCGCCCCCUCUCAGAAUAACUCUGUGGCCUCCCACCAGAGCCUUGACCACCGUUGGGAGGCCGGGACGGCGGAUGCGGCAAGAUCUUGGGAUGGCCCGAUGAUAUCGGUGGAGGGGGCGGCUGGCCGCGGGGGUCCUGCAGCGGAUUGGCAGGUGUGGACGGUGGUGGUGGCGGGGGAGACCGGCUGCCGUGCGGGGCCGGACCAUGGGCGCUCGUCGGUUGGUGCAGCAGGGGAGGGGGCGGCGACUGACGGGCCGCCACAUGGGGCUGGGGAGCACCUGACAAAGCAUCGCAUUCACACACCGAUGGAUGGAUGGAUGGAUGGAUGGAUGGAUGGAGACCAGACAAGGAAGAACAGGAAGACACAAUCAAUAUGACUGACACGUCCUGCGCAUCGGUGCACUCACUGCACGUGUGGGUCUGUCUUAGUUACCCCCAUGCUUUGGCUGCUGGUGUGGUGGUGGAGGCGGCAGGGGGCUUCUUGGCGCGCUCCGUGUCGCCGGAGGCUGGGGCGAUUUCUGAGUCUGUAUGGGUGGUGGGGGAUGCUGCGGCCUCUUGGCCUCACGGCUGCCCUCGGCGGGGGCCUCGUCCGCCUUUCGCUUGGCAGGCAGCGACGGGGCGGCCGCAGUCGCCUUGUCCUUGUCCUUCUCCUUGUCAGUCGCCGCACCACUCGCACCGGCAGCAGCAUCAGCAACGCCGUUGGGCUUGCCGGCGUCUUUGGUGUCGCCAGAAUCCUGCGGCGUCUUGUCUGCCGAUGAUGCGGCGGGCUUGGGUGGUGGCUGGGAUGCGUCUGUGGCCUUGGCAGCUGGCGUAGGAGCAGUGGCCGGGAUAGGGGCGGCUGCUGGUGUUGCUGUUUCCUUCGGCUGCUGUUGUUGCUGGUGCUGGUGUUGCUCCUGCUUUUGGUCUUGUUCUGGUGCUGGCUCGGCCUGUUGCUGCUCCUGCUUCUGGGGCUGGGGAGCCUUGGCGGCGUCCUCCUUCUUUUGCUGGUCUUUGCCUUUGUCCUUUUCCUUCUCUUUGUCCUUCUCGUCUCGCUGCUGCUGCUGCUGCUGUGGUGGCGGUGGCGAUGGCGGCGGCGGCUCUUGUUUAAGUGUAGGCUGUGGUCUCGGCUUGUAUGUGCCUGUCUGGAACUCCUGCAUCAGCUGCAGAGUGUCGCGGGGACCGGCGAAGGGCAGCUGAUGUCCAUUCAUGGCACACACAAAGAGACAGAGAGAGAGGUGGGGGUACGUUCCGCCGGUGCGGCUGUGAGUAUGUGCGUACCUCUUGGAUGUACGUGUGUGCGUCUAGGUAUUUCUUGUUGAAGAGCCGUGCGAACUGCAGCCUGAAGAGGGGGUCGUAGUUGGCCUUGUCCAACUCGUACUCCUUCUCAAUCGCACCGGGCUCCUCAUCCUACCAACCCACACCACACCACGCACACCCAUUUCUGUCUGUCAGUGAGUGUGUUGGGGUGGGGUACGGGGCCUUCCUCUCCUCUCCUCACCGCCGCGACUUUCUCGACCAUGUCCUGCAGCUUCUCGUCCAGUGCAUCAGACACUAUCAUCUGCACACACACAGAGAGAGAGCAUCGCAUCGCACCCACGCUCACUCACUCAGCAAGAGCAAUGUGCUGUGCUGCCUUCUAUUCCACCCCGUGUGUGUGUGGUGUGGUACCUACCUGUCGCACUUUGUCGAGUUGUUCCUCCUCCCUCUCCUUGCCCCACUCGCCAUGCCCCUUGCGCACGUCCGUCGGCGCCACGUUGAAGUCGGGUGACGCCAGGCUCCUCAAGAACUUGUCAGCCUUGUCCGCAGGAGGCACCGGCGGGUGCUCUGACCAAUCAAAUCAACACACGAUCCCUCUUGGUGUCUGUCUGGUUUGUGGGCUCACUCACUCAGCAUGCCGGCCACUCGUCUGGGGAACGGCUUGACACGGCUGACCCGCGCCGCGAUCGCACCACCAGGGCCAAAGGCAGCGCAGAAGUCCCGUUUCGGCCGUGCAGAAGCCUUGUGCGCUGCCCCCUCGGCCAUGACGACCAUGUCGGUCUCAGUGCCGCGGUCAUGAGCCCUGAAGUAGGGAUUGGCGAUGCCGUGCUCCUGGAGGGAGAAUGUGUUGGUCGGGUGGGGGUCAGGUGUCUCGAGGACGUCUCUCGGGUCAGACUGUAGGAUUUUGUUGAUCUCGUCCUCGGACUUGGUGCCCAUGGGUUUGCCGCUGAUGGGCAGUCGCUUCCAGCUGCUCUGCAGGGGGGAGGGAACAGGGGGACGGGUGGGGCAUGUGUGUGGAUGUGGCUGUGGGUGUGGGGCUGUGGGUGUGUGUGUCCUUCCUUACCCAUAUGGCGUCGUUGCGGCAGAGGUGAUAGAGACGUUCCAGGACGGCUGAAAGGGGAUGCGUAGACGGGGGAGGGGGAUGGAUAAAUGGAUGGCUGGAUGGAUGAAUGGUGGCAUCAGCGCAGCGCCUGCCUGCGUACCGUACCGUGAUCGCCUCCGCUGAUUUUGAGGAGUGCCGUCUCCACCCGAUGCUUCAACGCAUGAUACUCCUUCCGCUGCACACAACCACAACCACACACAGAUAGAGAGAGCAUAAGUAACAGCAUUGUCUGUAGAUGGCCACACACUGCGUCUGUGCUGUGCUUCUACCUCACCUCUUGGUCGGUGAGGUGUUCUUUCCUCUUGUCGCCAGCACCACUUGCAGCAGCAGCCCCACCACCACCAGUAGCACCACCAGUGCUGCUGGCAGCACUGGCCGGGGGCGCACUGGGCGUGUCGAUCUCUGGCGUGGCGUACUGACCCACCGAAUGAAGCGCCAGCAACAUGUGACACUGACACACGCAACAUGACACACAUACAGACAGACAAAGACAGCAGUCGGCACGUGAUUGUGUGGCUGCCCUCCCUCCCCUCCCCGCGCCGCCUGUUGUGCCUACGUAUAGGAGUCGUCUGAACUUGGGCGUCUUGAGUUGGGUGCGGAAGAGGGCUGCGUCGGUGAUGUACUUGUGCAGACACAAAGAGGGCAGACCCGCAGCACACGCCUCCUCGAAGGCAAACGGCCUGACGUCAUGCACACACACACACGCGCAGGCACCACGGUCGUGAUCCAGCAAUAAACAUGUGGUAUCUGGAAUGUGUGUGUGUGUGGUGCUUACGGUAUGGUGUGUUGGUCGAGGAAGUCGAGGACUUUAGUGACGACUGGAUGGAAACGGGCCCAGCGCAACUCAUUGUCAGCAUCCUUGCUGUUCAACUGCGGCCAUCCAACACACACACACACACACACACAUACACACACGGUCUGGUAGCUGGUUGGUGGCUGGUUGGUGUGGCGACCAUGUCUGGUGAUUUGAGGAACUUGUGCAGGCUCCAGAAGGCCUGGUACACCUCAUAGGUCACGCCAUCAUCCGCCGACUCUGCCGAGCACACACAUACACACACCCACACCCCUGCAGUGCCCAGCUCCUUCCGCAUGGCAUGUUGCUCUCGCCCGUCCCGCCCGCUCACCGUGUGCGUCAGGGGGUACGGUGUUGUUCUUCAUAACGGCAUCGCCCUCGGCAUCCUCCAGCAGAGACUUGCCGCCAGACUUGGAACUGAACCCACAACACACGCCACGCCACACGCCAUUCAUUGGAUUGGACGCCGCGGGAGUGCACCUGUUGUUCUCCCUCCCUCCCUCCCUCCCUCCGUCAGUGUAAGUGUGUGCGCAGUACUUGAAUUCGGCCUCAGUGUCUAGAUGCAUGGGGUGUCCGUGGCCGUGCGCCAUUAAAAUGGGCUUGGUCGCGAAGAAAGUGCCUGCAACGAACGCAACGAACACACGGCCAGGGAUGGGAAGGGAUGGACAGAUGCUCGUCUGCUCUGCUCUGCUCUGCUCGGCGAGUGCUUACUGGAUCCACUGCCGUAGGGCCACAGCUUCUGGAAGGCUUGCAGCAUCCUACACACACACAAUCACACAAUCACACACAAAGCAGACCAUACACACGAGUUUGGAUCGGAUCAGCAAAUCGGAUCCUUUUUCUUUGUGACGUCCGUCCGUACCGAAAUCUGAGUGUGGCGUGGUGCACGGGGUCGAGCUGCUCCCGCCUGCUCUCGACGGCGUUCUUGAUGCCCACCGCUGCGCGCAUGCGGUACUGAAUGAACACCGAACGUAGACACCGGACACACAAUACGAUGCGCACAAUCACACAAGGGAUGGAUGCGAUGCAGACGACCGUCCCCUCACAGCCAAAGCUUGUGUGUGUGUGUGUGUGCGGGCAAGUGUUCUUACCCCAAGGCUGUGUCCCAUUCUGGGCGCCUUCUCCAAGGCCGACACAACGGGGCCCAAGUUGGCCGCAGGGAUGGACUGAACAGCACACACACACACACACACACACACACACAGACGAUGCACAGGGAAUGAGGCUGCCUGGCCUGCAGGGGGGAGUGUAUGUCUGACCUGCAUGGCGUCCUGCACGGCGAAUGUCCACUCACCCCGCCGGCUGAACACACAGUCUGACAACCAACGGACACAGACGCAGACACAAGCAGGCGUCAUGUCACGCCCGUCUGAGUGUCUUCGAAUAACUGUUUAGUCCAUCAUCUCACCAGGCACUGCACUGCCCUCACCUGGCCCAGUUUUUCGGCAUUCCACAUAGAGUAUGGCGAGGACCUCAAUCACCUUGCCCCACACCACCGCCACCCUGUCCCAAUCGUCGGCACAGGCAGACUGACACACCACACACAGACAGACAGACAGACACACCGGGACAGGCCUCCAUCACACACACAAUACCCUGUGUGCUCUUGCUGACCUUGAGUGUCGGCAUCAGAGCAUAGAGCGCCUCGACGAGCGCCUUUGACGCGUCAUAUUCGAUGACGGCGCCCUCCCCCGCCCUCUGUCUGAAUGCCUUGUCCGCCCGCAGCACCCGCAAGAUCUCAUCGGCCACGCCAGCCGGGGCCCUCUCGCCCAGCGAAAUCAGCAGGUUGACGAAGGACGCCUUGCUCCAGGUGCGCCAGUCUGGCGCAGGGGAGGCGUCAUCGCCCUCUAUGUCCGAGUAGCCCAGCGCCUCCUUCAGCAGAGACGCCAUUGGAUUGAUUCUCUCGCCGAUACGAGUCGAUGGACUCACAUGAUCUACGUCACACCAUGGCGUCUAACGUCUCGACG